GGGGGGGGGGGCCAACCCAUGCAGCGGCUUUUGCCAUGUCUAAUUUGAGUUUAUCGCACCUGUGCGUGACAUGUGGCCAUCAGUUUCAGACAAAUUCAGCGCAGGCAAAGGCGUAGCCGACGCGAAUAAAGAGCUUGGGGGCUUGCAGAAACAUGCGUCGGCUCGCGAUUCUGACGGCCAAAGCGAUGCCUUUGAUCGUGGGCUAUGGGCGGAAGCGUCACUAGGCGGCUCUGCCUCGAAGCUCAGCCUCGCUUGGCCUUGCGCCAACGGUCUGACAGGACACUCCGUACACUAAAGCGAAUAGAGAAAGUGCCAGCGCGUCUCUAUAUCGUGCUCGCACCGCCUCGAAUUGAAAAUCAUUCUUGCCAAUAUUUUGCACGUAUCCGAUCGACUUGGAACCACUCCUCUGAGCAUUACUGUCUUGGCUUUCACAGACACAUUAAUAGCCUCGCUGGGCACGUCGGCUCAUGCUACCCACAGCAUGAGCCUUACAGCAGCAUCGACGACGGAUGGGGCGAGAAAGGCCCCCGUGCUGACGCUGUCAGCGCGAGACUAUUUCCACUCAACGCCGGAAUCUAGAUUUUUUUCUAUACCACUCGAGAUACGGCAACAGAUCUACAGAUAUGUCUUUUAUACGCCAAAUACCGCUUUUCAAAGGACGAUAAAAGGAUGGCGCGAGACUCCGCAUGUGUCUGAUCUCACAUACGGUGUGAACAACACGGCUCUCAACGCAGUGAGUCGGCGCAUUCGUGCUGAAGCACUUCCUAUCAUGUACGGUGAAACCAAGUUCCGGAUUGAGGGGCCAACUAUGUUUCGACGCUUGUUGUACGUAGCUGAUUUGAGCGAUUGCAAACAUAUGUACAUUCGCAAAGUCAGCCUAGUGGCGUGGAAGAAGGUUCUCAAUCAGGGGCAUUUGCGCUCCUCAGCACUUGCAAGACAGGGUUCUAUUCUGGUGUCUAUCCUUGCGGAACUACCGUGCCUCAAAGAAGUGGAACUGAGCAGCGGGCACUUGCCUGCAACAAAGGAGGACUACAAUGACGAGUACUGGAUAGCGCUGAUGUAUACCCUGCGUGCGAAUACGGGCGUUCUACGUAUUGUCGCUGCCACCAUAAAGUCCAAUAGCUGGUGGUUCGAUUGGAGCCUCGUUGGGGGUCACAACUACUCGUGGCAGGAACGCGUGCUGGUGAAGACCUGUCAAGAAGUUCGAGACUGGAACGAGCUAGUCAAUGCAAAUCUCGGCGCCUUCGAAUUCUCAAAUGUAUUCGAGGAAGCCAUGCGCGAAAGCUGGAUGCACGGCCCGUUCAAGCACGUUGCCAUCGAGCACGAAGGCAAGACGUAUGCAGUCAAGUUCUGGGGCGUGCCGGAAAAUGUGAGGAUGUCGGAGUAAAGAAGGAUCGCACGCAAGGACGCGAAGAAAUUGUACGAGGAACAGAGGAGUAAUGAGCGGGUCAAGGCACCACGCAUACGACUCGCUGAAUCCGACGACGAGGGGUUUGACCACGCCGAACUGAGAAGCAGGAAGACGGUCACAAGGGAAGAGGCAAGGACCAAAAGGAUGCAAAGGCAGCGAAGUCGUUGAAGGGAUGCGCGCACACUGUAUCAUACUCUUUUGCAACUUUGCUAAAACCUACCUCAGCACUCUGUGCCGCUACACCACCUGCUUUUGGGACCACAGGUGCGUCUUUGCUACGACUUGAGCAGGAAAACGGCCAAGAAAGCAAAAACUCAGUGAGAAAUUUGUUUGAAACAGGCGUACCCGUCGUAGACACUGAGUCAUUGACGCAGCGACAAAAGUCUCAAUAUUUUUUUUAAAAAAAAAUUUUUUUUCUCUUUA